AUGGAAAUGGCUUCUUAUAUGAUUUUUACUUUAAUCAAACAACUGUAUUUUUUUAUUUUAUUGAUUUUAAUUAAAGGAUUAAUAGUAAUAAUAAUAAUAGCGCAGCGGGCAAAAUCAGGAGAAAAGUUUGGUAGAAGUAUGGAAAAGUUUGAAGGCUUAUUACAAGUUCAACAAAUAUGUGAGAAAUUUUGGUCAUGGAGAAUGGCAAACUUUCCAGAGUUUGCCACUUUAGUCGGUGAGCAUAAAUUUGACCAUAUGCUACAUGAUUUCAGCUUGGACGCGUUUCAAAAACGAACGCAAGACGCCACAUCAUUUCUUGCUGAAGUAAACGAUUUAUUGAAAUCAUUGGAAGAGUCUGGAAUUCAGGCGGCCUGCUAUGAUGACUUAGAUAUGCUUUCGUCUCAUUUAAAAACAUUUGUUGACGGAAUGAAACAUAGAGCUUACUUAUGUCCAGUAAACAGAUUAGAAGGCCCACAAUGCAAUUUCUUUCGAUUGCUGCAACACAUGAAAACAGACACACCUGAUGACUUUGAGAAAAUUUUAUGCCGACUGUCUUUAUUGCCAAAACAGAUUGACCAGAUGAUUGAACUGAUGAAGGAAGGCAUUCGAACAAAAACAACAUUACACGAAUGUUCCAUUUUACCACCGGUGUUAGUUAACGACUCAGAAUGGAAAGUCAUAGCAAAAAAAGCCGAGCAAAUUACAAACGAUCAGAUUAAUUCUGCUUUUAUCAAAUUGGCAGACUUUAUAAACGACAAUUAUUUAAAACACACACGUAACCACAUUGGCUUGGACUGUCUUUUUAGAGGAAAGGAAAUGUAUAAAUCUUGCUUGCAAUACCAUACAUCAACAACGAUGAGUGCACGUGAAAUUCAUACCGUAGGAUUGAAAGAAGUAAAGCGUAUUUGUCAGCGGAUAAAUGAAGUAAUGCAGAAAAUGAAUUUUGGUGGAAGUUACAAUGACUUCUGCAUUUGCAUGGACAGAGAAUCACCAUACUUUAGUGCUCACGAGAUUUUAAAAGAUUACUCUUUAAUAUACCAAAAAAUUGUGAAGGAAUUACCAAAGAUUUUUGCUGUUUUACCAAAAGAAGAUUGCCUUAUCAAGCCGGUACCAAAGGAAGAAGAAGCAACAGCAAUCACCGCCUUUUACAAAGAUGGUAACGAGAACAGAGCAGGUGUUUUUUACAUCAACACUCAUAAGCCGAGAAAUCGUGGUAGGUACAAAACAACAGCGUUAGUUUUACACGAGGCCAUCCCUGGACACCAUUUGCAAAGCGAUGUGUUUCUGCGAAAAAAAGAUACUCCCAAAUUUCGACGAUUUCUGGAGGGAGGCAAUUAUCAAAUGAUACCAGGUAGAUUUCCGUUGUAUACUGCCUUCAUGGAAGGGUGGGGGCUAUAUUCAGAAUUUUUAGGCGAAGAGUUACAUUUAUAUGACAGUUUGUCAGAUUUAUAUGGCAGGUUGAAGAGCGAAAUGUUAAGAGCGUGUCGAUUGGUUGUUGAUACCGGUAUACACACGUUUGGUUGGUCGAGAAACCAAGCCAUCGAAUAUUUAAUGUGUAAUGUAGGACUGUCUCACGCUAGUGCUUCGGGAGAGGUAGAUCGAUACAUUACGUGGCCUGGGCAAGCAUGCGCUUAUAAAAUUGGAGAGCAGAAGUUUUUACAAUUGAGGCAGCAGGCACAAGAUUUAUUGAGAGAAAGAAACAAGUUGAAAGCUAUAUUUUUACAAAAAUGUCUUUACAUUGUUAAUACAGACAACGUUACUCGUCCGAAACGUUCUGUUAAAAAAUACCUGUUGUUUCAUGAACUCAUACAUUUUAAUUAUAUUCAAAGAUUACAAGCAAACACUAUUCUUUAUUUAAUAUUUAAGACUUCUCACAAGGAUAAAGAUAAAUUCAUUAUAUACUUUUGUAAAAAUAUAUUUUCUCUACGUUCCCAUAUGAACAAUUCAUGCUUAUUAACGCGACGAUUUGUAUUCAUAGAAGAAGAGUUAAAUAAGAAUAGCUCAUGGAGCAUAUCUAAACCUUAUUUAGCUUAUUCAAACUCUACCGCUGUAUAA